AGUUAGUUGAAUUCAUUAUUCACUCUGUUGCCACAGCUGGACGAAGAUUGGUCUACGCGGCCUUUGUCGUCAGUUUUAGAGUCUAUUGUUGAAUAAGUUCAGUUUGUAUUGCAAUAUUAAUAUUGUUUAACUAGUAGAGUUUUGGACAUUGUGAUAUUACUGUGCAAUUCAUAGGAUUAUUUUACGAGGACUAAGACUUUAAAACGAUCUCAAUAUGUCUCUGGCCGGUGUACAAGCUACCAAGAACUGCUACCAAUAUGAUAACGAUGAUAAGGACACUGUUGAUCACUCAGUUCUUAUUGCCAACUCACUGUUUGAAGAGUUCACAGUUCUUAGCAUAGAAGAGUUAAGGGAGCAGAUCUACUCUUGUUUUACGUGUGGUGUGUGCUGGCUGGAGGAUCAAGUGUGUCUGGACUGUAAAGAGUGUGGAGGCUACUCUCUUGAACGGCCCUGCCUUAGCUGUGAUGGUAACUGUGAUGCUUUAUGGAAGAGAGAUCUGACCAUGAGUCAUGCAUGUGGAAAGGCCCGUUGGAAUGGUCAAUGUCAGCUGGAAUGUUCAACAUCAGGCAAGGGUGCCCAUGAACCCCUAACCAGAGAAGAACAGCUGGUCUGUAAGCUGCUCAACAAGUUGGCAUUGAGAUCUUGAAAUUUACCACGAUUUAACUGUUCAAUAAUAAAGUUGUCAUUUGCCAGUCAAGAAUUUGGUGGCAAAAGACGUACUUGAUAAGUUAUGGAAUGGUUUAAGUUCCUAGCGUGGCUAUUGUAUUUAGUUAGUUAAUUUCUUAAGACUGGAAACAUUAUGAUGUAUGUUUAAGAUUUAAUUUUAAGUCAUAUAAUAAGGUUAUAAUAAAAAACAGCUUGAAUAAACUGAUGAUAUUUCAUCGAAAAAUACACAUUAAAAAAGUUAUUGUAUUCAACUUUAAAAUAAAAUUGACAUUAUUAUCAACUUGUUUAGUUGUUAAUGUAUUUUUUUUUUUUUAUUCAACAGGUAAACCCCCAAACUGAACUCUUUAUAAAUAAAAUUAUUAACUUAAAAAUGCCAUUUCUCAGUAUUAUUCUGUGACCUUCAUGUUCUUAGAUUUUGUGACUUUAAACAUGUUUAUAAAAUUUAAUAACAUUUUUCCCAAUAUUUUAAAUUUUAUUUAAAAUCUGUAAUUCACUUAAAUGUUCUGUUAUCAUUAAUGUGGUUUCUGAUUAUGCCUGUCAAGCUAGAGUAUAACAUAAGGUGUAAAUCUAGCUAUACUAGUAUUUAUAGAGACAUAGGUAUUUAUAAUUUUGUACUUGUUUGUCGAAUAGUUGUUUCUUAUGUAACUUAAUUUUCUUCUGAUAAGAUAAUUUUUAAUAUAAUAAACUGAAUUGAACAAUCCA